UUGGUUGGGUGGGAUUUCCAGGCGUUUGGAGAACCGUAUUUCUGUCUAUCUUUGGAUCUCCGUGUAUUUGUUAGUUAGCAGGGGAUUGCCGAAAUAGCUGUCUUUAGGAAGAAUCACACACUGGAUCUCUGUAUUCGUAUGCGUCUCCCAUUGGAAUAAAUAAUUAAGGAAUGUGGAAAUUACAGAAUGCCCAACAGCACUGGAAAGAGAUUUAAACCCACCAAAUAUAUCCCGGUGUCCACUGCUGCCACUCUUCUUGUGGGAUCCACCACUUUAUUCUUCGUUUUUACGUGUCCCUGGUUGACUCACGCCGUCUCGCCUGCAGUGCCCCUGUACAAUGGCAUCGUCUUCCUCUUCGUUUUGGCCAACUUCAGCAUGGCCACCUUCAUGGACCCUGGUGUCAUCCCCAGAGCGGACGAGGACGAGGACAAGGACGACGACUUCCGGGCGCCUCUCUACAAGAACGUGGAGAUCAAGGGGAUCCAGGUCCGGAUGAAGUGGUGCACCUCCUGCCACUUCUACAGACCCCCGCGAUGCUCCCACUGCAGUGUGUGCGACAACUGCGUGGAGGACUUUGACCACCACUGCCCCUGGGUGAACAACUGCAUCGGGAGGCGGAACUACCGCUUCUUCUUCCUGUUCCUGCUGUCGCUGAGCGUCCACAUGGUGGGGGUGUUCUCCUUCGGCCUGCUCUUCGUGCUGCACCACAUGGAGAGGCUGGGGGCGCUGCACACCACCGUCACGCUGGUGGUGAUGUGCGUGGCGGGACUCUUCUUCAUCCCAGUCAUCGGCCUCACGGGCUUCCACAUGGUCCUGGUGGCCAGGGGCCGAACCACCAAUGAGCAGGUGACUGGGAAGUUCCGUGGGGGAGUGAAUCCCUUCACGCGAGGUUGCUGUGGCAACGUGCAGUAUGUGCUCUGUAGUCCUUUAGCUCCAAGGUACAUGCUGGACCCCAGGAAGAGGCCCCACGUCCCCGUCCAGCCCCCGUUCCUGCGCCCCGACCCGACGGACAGACGGGUGUCCAUCAAGGUCAGCGACAACGGGAUCCAUGGCAGCGUGUUCCGUACCAAAUCCAAAGGGAGUCUUGACGUGCUGGACGACAAGUCGUUGGAAAUCGGCCCCCCCUUGCCCCCCAAGGCGGACAAAUACAGCGAGCUCAAGAACCAGCUGACCUCCAGUGAAGAGAGCUCCCUCUCCUCCUCCAAGCCGCUGAACCCCUCCACCCCCGCCAUGUACAAGCACCGGCCGUCCUUCGGCACCGUCCCGAAGGUGCACUACCACGGCACCGAGGUGACGAUCAUGAUGCCCGACGAGCACAAGGGAGGGGCCAUAUUGGAGGAAGGGGGCAGGGGUCAUGACUACCGCUCCGAGCCCAACCUGGACCUGCCGGACUACCGGAACCCGCCCCUCCACCGCACCUUCCAGUCCUCCCCCCUGCAGCUGGACACCUUCUCCGUCAACUCCCGGUCCCUCAGCCUGAAGCAGGCCCAUCGCCGCGGCGACAAGGCCCAGCUGCCGGCCCUGCGGUCGGAGGGCGUGGCCGCCUCCUCCACCCCCUACAAGAGCGUGUUCUCGCCGGGGACCCUGUCGAGCCGAAACGGGAGCCUGUCCUACGACAGCCUGCUGAACCCCCCCAGCCUGUCCCCCGCCCCGCCCGGGGAGUGCCCGGCCCACCCGGGACUGGCGCCCUCGCCAGGGUACCACUCGCCUUACCUGCCCCCCAAAAUGUGCCACGCCCGGGCCCCCGAACUGCAGCGCCCACCCCCGUCCCCCUACAGCCCGGUCCUAGGGGGUGUGGGUGGGGGCGGGGGAGGAGGGGUGGGCGUCGGCCGGCACUCGCCCCACCCCCGGGACCCCUCCCCGGUUCGCUAUGACAACCUCUCCAAAACCAUCAUGGCCUCCAUCCAGGAGCGCAAGGAGAUGGAGGAGAGGCAGAAGACCCUGAACCUGCAACACCAGCCCCCGGCCUACGCCUCCGACUCGGGGGUCUACGACUCCCCCGGGGGGUACGGCCCCCCCUCGGGCCCCUGCUACCCCGACAGCCCCCGGGGGGGCGUGGGCGGGCACUCUAGGGGGCCCACGCCCCCGGUGUUCGGGUCCCGGGACAGCCUGGCGGGGUACGGCGUGCGGGCGGCGGCCCUCCGCUCCUCCUCCUCCUCCAUCGCCGCGUCCUCAUUGGUCCGCGCCCCCAGGACUUCCAGCACCUCCCUGCACGCCGACGUGACCAAUAACAACACGCAGGCGUCCUACCGAUCCCCCGCCCACCAGGCUCACCCCUCCCCCUCCGCACCCCCCCGCUCCCCCUCCUACGCCCACCAGAAACCCCUUUCCUUCAUCAGGGCCCUGGAGAGGACAGACUCACCACCUAUGGGCGGCCCAAGACAGGAGGCCGAAGGAAAACUGGCUCUGGGUAAAAUUAACGGGCAGCCCAAGGGCCAAUUACGGGCUGACUGCCACCUUGGCUCCACCCACAGUGUCCAAGGCACCCCUCUGAGUCCCAGCCGUCACACUAACGUCAAAAAGGUGUCGGGAGUGGGCGGGACCACCUACGAGAUCUCUGUGUGAUUGAGCAGGGUGACACGCCCAUCCAAGGCAGCGCUGCCGUGGCAACCACCAUCACCACCGCAAGAGGAAGUGUUGUUAUGUUUGUUGUUCUCUUUUUUUUUUUCUUUUUUUUAAAUCAUCGACCAAUCGGGGGGCCUGAAGCCUUACUUGACGGGGGUUGCCGUCCAAUCGGUGGCCUUCGUUAUUUUCUAUCCCAAGUGGCCCACCCGUUGUAUGGUUAUGUUGCAGAAUUUGGCUUCGGUGUUGUCUCUCUGUUUGUAGCAACAACAAAAAAAGAAGAAAGACGAAAACUGAAGACGAUGCAUUAAUUCAUCCACUUCCUGUUUGUCUGUUCCUCUGGACAGCUUUGCUUGUGACUCUGGAAGCAAGUGAUGGCACAACUGCACAGAGACAUCAGUGUUUGUCCUUCGGUUUUCACUAUCAUACCUGUGGCACAAAAGGCCUUUUUGUUUUAUUUUUUAUUUUUGUUCAGAGGCAGAAUGGAUAUGGUGUCAAAUGUACUCAGGCUCUGAACAGGUUGUGAACUGUCAACACAAACGCACAAAUUCGUAUUUGUGCCGUCCGUUCUGAGAGGGUUAGAGAAGCGUUAUCAAUAGCUGUAGGUCCCUGGCUGCCGGCCAUUGGGCCACAUCACGUGGUUCAGGCGUCAGGCGUCAUAACCGUGUCGGACGACCCUUCGUCAAAGCCCGAGCUGUCGUACAGGGUGAUUCCUGUCUAACACGGGGUUCCUCGCGCCCCUGUCUGACACCCAAAAGUGUGGCUCUUGGGGGUGGGGGUGGGGAUGGGAGGGGGGAAUGCCUUCUCUUGCCAUUUUUGUUUGAUUGUUGAAAAUAUUUUGUCAUUAUUUCUAUCCAGUUUUAUUCGCUGGCCAGGCCAGAUGCGGUUGUCAUGAGCCAAUGAGCGGCCAUCUUUAAGUUGAAAGCGUGUCGAAAUCCACUAACCUGAAAUGGAGAGAGACGCUAAUAACUGGGCGAGGGCGUUUCUAGGAGCCCUUGCCUGUACCUAGCGCUGUCCUCUCACUAAGACCUGAGCAGUUUCCAGGGUCUCGUGUCAGUCUGAUUGGUCGAAACUGGGAGCCAAUAGGAAACGAUGGCAGUGUCGUUCAGUACAUUCCAGCUCAGAAAGCCAUUAGGUGAUUGGUCCCGUUGUCCAGUGCUUUUCCCUCCUGUGAUCUUGCCCUUGCGUUUGCAGUCGCGUGACCCGUCUCGUCCUCUCAGAUUCCGUGUGCCGCGUUUUCAUUCGUUCAGGUAAGUGAGUCGUCGUCGCGCAUUGUGAGCUGCAUUGUCCAAUCAGGUUCAAGCUUUGGGACGGGUUCAUUGUGACUACCACUAUAUUGGUGCUCUCGAUGCAGGCAGUCCAUGGGGCCUGCAAGAUGUGUCCAGUCUUUCCCAGCUGAUUCCACUGCAGUGGUUGGUGUAGCACAGCAAAAACUGUUUUCUCCAAAUGUUUGUCUUUGAAAAAGCACCAUUGGUACUCAACCACACAUAGUGAAUAAGCUCAGAAUCCAUUAAUUUAAUGACCCUUUAUUUGAUUAUAUUUGUUUUUUUUUAUUUGUUUUUUUUGUCAACAUAGCCAUAGGCUUGUACAACUGUGGUUCUAAAAUGCCUUGUUUAAAAUGGAUUAAAAAAAGUAAGUCAGUAUUGUCCUUGGCUGUGUUACACACGGAAACUCAAAAGUCCAGCUAUGUUUUUUUAAUUUUUUAAUUUUUUAUUUUUAUUAUUUGUUUGACUUUUUUAUACCCAAUGUUUCGAUCAUUUGAUACAUCUUGCUUUUUAUACAGAUAUUCUGCCAGUGAGUGGAUGCUCUUGUUGGAUUUAUUUUUAUUUUUUUUGUCUGUUGGUUAUUUAUAAUUUAAGCGAAUAAAUUAACAAAUUGCCCUGUGCUGAACUUGGGGAGCAGGGAUUUGGGCGGGAGGGAGAUAUCCUAGUUUGUCGUUUAAAUAUUUUUGCAGUGUGAAAAAAUUAUCGAUGAGAGAGUGUAUGAAAUGGUGCGACGCCAUAGGAUCGAGUGAUGUCGUAAGCAUCGAAAUGAAAUGUGUUUCAGCAUGAGCACACACCACCAUCCAUUUUCAAUGCCUCCAGGUUUGUGGUAGAGGUGGCUGAGUCCUCUUUAUCAUGCGAUACUGAACAGUUUCCACGCUGAAGACAUGACAACAUUUUCAGCGGCUGUCUGGUACAGCACAUAUUUGUAAAAAUGCUACACGAAGAAAGCUGAUGAAAAGAUAUGGGUCUGUUUUCUUUCUUUUUUUUUGUUGGUUGUUUGUUUUUGAUCUUUUGAAGAAGAUAUAGUUUGAUAUUAAGGUACAUCUAUAAUUAUUAUUUUUUCUUCAUUAAAAAAAAAAAAAAAAGUAAUCGAUUAAAUGUAGCUUGAAAUUUUCA